GCGGGGCCGCUUAUCCGUGCCCGGUGCUGAGCUCGGCGCUCCGCCCCGGCAGAAGGCGCAGCCCGAAGCUCUCGGGCUCCGGGCGGCCGUGCGGGGGCCCCUCCUCGCCCCGCCGCCGCCCGGGCUUUCCCCGCACGGUUUCUCUCCCGCCGGGCUCCUGCGCUGCCCUCGCUCGGGUUUGCGGCGCUCCGGCUGUGCGGGACAAGCGCGGGGGCCGGUCUCGCUCGCAUUCCCAGAGAAUGGAGCCCAGGUAAUUUAAACGCGCUGGGCGCCGCGCUGCCGAGCCCGGAGGUGCCGUGGAAUACGAGACAGAGCUCAGAUGAAAUCAAAAGAACGAUAAAGUUUGGAGGAAAAAAAAAGAAGCUGCACUUGCUUUCCUGGUCUGCAGUUUGGCAGGGCAUUAAGAUGUCCGUGGACAUGAACAGCCAGGGCUCUGACAGCAAUGAAGAGGAUUAUGACCCUAAUUGCGAGGAAGAGGAAGAGGAUGAGGAUCCUGGGGAUAUUGAGGAUUAUUAUGAUGGGGUAGCUAACGACGUGGAGCAGCAGGGAGCAGAUGCCUUUGAUCCUGAGGAAUAUCAGUUCACCUGCUUGACUUACAAGGAGUCGGAGAGCACUCUCAAUGAACACAUGGCCAGCUUGGCUGCCACGUUAAAGGUAUCACAUGCUGUUGCAAAGCUAGUAUUAGUUAGUUUCCACUGGCAAAUCUCAGAGAUUUUGGAAAGGCACAAGGCUAAUCCUGCCCAGUUGCUAGUAGAAGCUCGAGUCCAGCCCACCUCAUCCAAACAUGCAAUGGUACAUUCCUCCCACCACUGCGCGGUGUGCAUGCAGUUUGUCCGGAAGGAGAACUUGCUCUCCCUGGCUUGUCAGCACCAGUUCUGCCGCAGCUGCUGGGAGCAGCACUGCACAGUGCUCGUCAAGGAUGGUGUUGGAGUCGGGGUGUCCUGCAUGGCUCAGGACUGUCUACUCCGGACACCAGAAGACUUUGUGUUUCCAUUGCUGCCUAGUGAAGAGCUGAAAGACAAAUACAGGCGCUACCUCUUCAGGGACUAUGUGGAGAGCCAUUACCAGCUGCAGCUGUGUCCUGGUGCAGAUUGCCCUAUGGUCAUACAGGUACAAGAGCCAAAAGCCCGGCGAGUGCAGUGCAAUCGUUGCAAUGAGGUCUUCUGCUUUAAGUGUCGGCAGAUGUACCACGCACCCACAGACUGCGCGACCAUUCGGAAAUGGCUCACCAAGUGUGCAGAUGACUCUGAAACAGCCAACUACAUCAGUGCUCACACUAAAGAUUGUCCCAAGUGCAAUAUCUGUAUUGAAAAGAACGGAGGCUGCAAUCACAUGCAAUGUUCCAAAUGCAAGCAUGACUUCUGCUGGAUGUGUCUGGGAGACUGGAAGACUCACGGCAGCGAGUACUACGAAUGCAGUCGGUACAAAGAGAAUCCUGAUAUUGUAAACCAGAGUCAGCAAGCACAGGCCAGGGAGGCCCUUAAGAAGUACUUGUUCUAUUUUGAGAGGUGGGAGAAUCACAAUAAAAGCCUACAGCUGGAGGCACAGACAUACCAACGAAUCCAGGAGAAAAUACAAGAAAGAGUUAUGAACAACUUGGGAACAUGGAUAGAUUGGCAAUAUCUACAGAAUGCUGCAAAACUACUUGCAAAGUGUCGUUACACCCUGCAGUACACAUAUCCAUAUGCCUACUACAUGGAGUCUGGUCCCAGAAAGAAGCUGUUUGAAUACCAGCAGGCCCAGCUGGAAGCUGAAAUUGAAAAUCUCUCAUGGAAGGUGGAGCGAGCAGACAGCUAUGACAGAGGGGACUUAGAGAAUCAGAUGCACAUAGCAGAGCAGAGACGGAGGACCCUGCUGAAAGACUUCCAUGACACAUAAGAGAGGAGGAAGUGACAGUGCAGGGGUGAGAGCAGCGAGUGAAGUGAUGGUAGCUUCACUGGGAUAAGCAGGCACUGCCUCUGGGAGAACACGGCCAAGGACAAAGCCACCCCUCCCCUUGCAAGUCAGACACAUGCAAACACCACCUCUUAGUCCAGUUUGUUCUCUUAUCUUUCUGUUUCUGUUUCUGCCAGGCUAGAGGCCAGAGCUCAGAUUGGCAUAUUUCCUGGGCCAUUUCCCUCCUGCCCUUGAUGGUUUCAGAAGGGGAGGGAGUUUUUUUUCUGAAUGGCUGUUAAUAGUGUUAGAUCAUUACAGUUUAUGUAAUUUUCAACGGUUGUACAAUUAUACAGACAAAACCUUAGAAUAACACAAAACCCUUUUUAAAAAUAAAUUGGCAGUGGAGUGUUUUUCCUUAAUCUGCUUGUAAAUUUAAUGGGCUUUUCCCCCUCUCCUUCUCCCUUCCUCUGACCCAAAAAUCCUCCUAGUCAUUGAAGGAGGUUAAAAAAUAUCUCAGCUAGAUUUUCUGAUGCUCCUUUAACCAGGGCAUUGCAGCAUUGGCAUUGCAUGAGGAGAGUGGCUGCUGUUAAGGGUGGCUGCUGCUGUGUCUGACAGUACCAGCAGUGGCUGUGAUUCAGUAUGAUCACAUGUGACAUCUCUUUUUCUUGUCAAUCAGCUGUGCAAAAUCCAGCUACUCAGACAAAAACAAACAGAGGAAUUGUCAGGGACAGACCGGGUUAACAUUGGGGGAUAUGCUUGAGUUUGAGAGAAAUUGAGAAAAAUCAGAUUCUGCAUUUGAUGAAUUUAGGUCUUCCAUGUAGAUUUUUGCUUUACUUGUUUUUGUGGGGAGGAUGUUGUAUUGCCAAAGUGAGUGAUGAGGGAGUAGUAGCAUACAGUUGUUAAUCAAGGAUUGGGGCUUUUGCAGAGUGAAAGAAUCCAUGUUAUAACAGUGCCAUGCAGCCUGAUAAAGAUUAUUUGUGCCUGCUGGGUAGCAUGGCUGAGAAAAAUUGAUCUCGUUCAUCAAAGUGAGACUAAACACCACUAUGUUUUGAGGAGGAAAGAUUGUGUUCAACACACUCCCUGGCACGUGUUGGCAAUGUGGACAGGCACUUGAAUACAGGUGCACUGCUUGUGCAGAGCCUGCACCAAGCCAGGCAGAAAAUUAACUAGCAAAAUUAAUUUAUUUGUAUAUUAGUAUUGAUGCUGGUGGGAACUUAUCAGAAAAUUGAUUGUUAGGAGCAUGUGGAGCUUUUUUAUUAACAUUCUCUUUUCUAAUGUAAAAUAUACACUAAAAUAAAAAUAUGAAAAACCUAGUUCAUCUUAGUAGGGGUUAACAUGAAAAAUGUUACUUAAAUGCUGACUCUUGCCUGUUUGCUACAGGAAGCAGGCCAUAUAUUAAGAUUUCACAGAUAUCUCUGUCACUUGCACCAGGAGCUUGUUGUUUGCAGCCAGUAAGGUGCAGCUGGAGUCUGAUCUGAGGAAAUUUUCACCUCUGUGGGGAACUCAUGGGAUUCUCUUCUAUGCUGUAUUUGGAAGUGUUGCCUUUGAUGCAUCCCUGUAUUGUUCUUAUGCAAUGUCACUUGAUAAAGAUUAAACUGGAGGGGGGAAAAGUGCUAAAUUCCUGCGUGUCAGAAUAAGCUAACUCUGCUGUUGGAGCCCCUUUGGUACCUGAGACACGUGGCCCAGGUAUUUGCAGCAGGUGCAGUUGGGCUCAUAGAUUUUAUCAAGACCGAUGCAUUAAUUUAAACAAGGAGUAGCUGUCAUAGGAGCUAAUCCUGUGGCCAUGCUUGUUGUACACAGCAGAAAAUUUCAAUCUGAGAGGCCUUUUCCUUCCUCCCUCCUGUCCCUGGUGUGGGAUCUAUCCUCAGGGAACAAGGGAAUGCACUGCGAGGAGCUGCUGGCCAUGGAGUGAGUGUUACAGCAGAAGCAGCUGAGGGUAGGGCAGGCUCGUGGACAGAUGGCUGGAGCCAGGGAGCAGGGCAGGGAAGGGAUCUGUGGCUUCUGGGAGCAGCACUGCUUGCUGUGGAAGAGAUCUCCAUAGCCAUGGCUCCUCACGUUCCUGCUCUGUCCUGUUCUGGCUCCCCUCGAGGCUGGAGCUGUAGAGAUAAAUCUGGCCUUGCUCCAGCCACUGUCUCUUGAUUUCAUUUCUUACUCUGCACCCAGCAGCGGCCUCUCUGUGCCCUCCUCAUGAUAUAUCCUAGAGGUCAGUCUCUCUCUCCCUUUCCCAAAUUAUUGUCUUGGCAUGCUGCUUCCGUGGGAGGGGAGAGUGGAGGAAGGUUUGCUGAGACCCAGCAGUUUGCAGUGAAUACAACCAAUGUUUAAAGUAUUCCUUAAAAAUGUAAUGUGCAAAGUACUGAUUAGGAUAAAAGCUGGUGUUCUUGUUGUCUAAACAUAACUAUCUUAACACCUAAUCUCUGCAGAGCAGGUAUGUGGAGUUUCCUAAUCCCAAAGAAUUUUCACUUCUUUUACAUAAUUGUCCAGCUUUGAGCUAAAUGAGAAUGAGGGUUUGUCUCUCCUUCCCUCCUUCCUUCCCUCCCUCCCUCUUCUAUGCCCCCACAAAAUAUUUUGCUAUGAAUUCUCAUUUGUAGACAAGCCAGACCAUGUAUCUGUGGCAAGGCUUGCUGAACAGGCUGCUGAGAUGCUUGGCUGAGGAACAGUAAUACAGAUUGCACAGUGCACCCACUAAUUCUUUCAAAUUUUCUGAAACCAGAGCUUUGUCAACAGUUCCAUUUAUUUUUAAACAAAACAUCCUUUCUGAAAAUGAUGAAAGCCCUGGGUUGCACCCACAAAUCCUAUUGCCAUACUCUGGGAAGAAAACAGGAAUUGCUUUUGCAGCCCAGGCAGGACCACUUCUGUAUUGGUGUUGUACAGAAAGUCAUGGACUUCAAGACAAAGUGUGCAGGGCACAGGGGGCUGCUGGCUCUGUGUGUGAGGUGAAUGACACUGCUCAGGAGGCAGGUGACAGGAAGGAAAUGGGGCUUCUCAACACCACAAGAAAAGGCCAUUUUUUCCCCCCUGUAAUAAAUACAUGGCCCUCUUUGAAUUAGCAAGGUUAUAUGGAUGUAGGUAAUAAAAAGUGGCUCAGGAGUCAUUAAUUCUGAGGUACAAGUUUCCCUUUGAUGCGUUACUGCUACAGACGUGGAAUGUUUGCUCUCUUUUUUCUUUUUUUGCACUUGUUUCCAGCUCCUGCGCCAGCCCGACACCUCUCCAUCCUUGCACCUGGUACUUUUAUUUGGGCCUCGCUUGUGUUAGUGCAUUGGCUGCCUCAUCUCUAUUGGUCCUCAGGCUUCCCAGACUGUAACAAAGCGUUUUCUACUGACACCUAAACUGCAUGACUGCUGCCCUGCGCAGCGAACUCUCUGUGCCCGCCGCAGACGGGGCAGCAGGAGGUUUCUGUACUAUAGUCUUGCACUCUAAAUUUUAGACUUUUUAAGCAGGUGAAAAAUAGAACUUUAUUUUUAAAUCAGGCACUUGUUCUGGGAAUUCCUUUCUCGGCCCCGGUCUGGUUGGGGUUGUGGGACAGCCUUGAGGUGUGUGGGAGGGCGCGGGACUGCUCCCACCCCUCGCUUUUCUUCGCAGGCACCAGAGAGGGGCAGGGGCGGCGGAAACCGCCCGGGAGACGGUUGCCAGAGGUGUGCCCGUGGUUUAUUUGAAAUAAAUUGUGAC